UACUGGAAGCCUCGUACUUCUGCAAGAAUGAAGACCAUCUUGCCCUGCCUUCUUGUUCUCGCCAUUACUGUGUCACUGUCUGAUGCUUCUUGCUUCCGUAUGGAAUGCAAGCCAGGGAUGUCUGACGGUGUGACUGUAGGCUGCCUUGACUCAGAAGGAAAGCUGCAUGAAUUUGGUUCCCAAUGGAGGACAGACAACUGCUAUGAUUGCUCCUCUUCCAGGGGAGGAAUUCGCUGCUGCUCUAGCUAUGCAACACCAGUUGACUACGAUAAAGAAAAGUGUGAAAGCAUUUUCAACAAGGAGACCUGUUCUUAUAAAGUAGUGGAGAAAGAUGAUGACUCAAAAGAAUGCCCAGUUCAUGCAUGGGUGGGGUAGCAGAGAAGAAUGGUGGACUGGGGGGAUAUUUCCUUUUACUGUUUUAAGGGUUCUCUUUCACAAAUUCAAGAACACUUAAAAAUGCAGUUGUUGAGUGAAAUCUACUCA